AUGUUCGAGCAAGAUCAUCCUUCAAUUGUUGAUGAGGUUGGUAUUCACUCUUUGGUGGGGAGUGGGGACCGCGAGGUCGCCAAGGUGGGUGAUACGUGUAGGGGCCGCCGCACGCGUACCUGCCGUGAGCAGAAAUGCCUACAAAUUAAGGGAUUCGAGCACCUUCCUUGUUCUCUGCUCUAUCAAGACACUCUCGACUCGGCCGCAACUUCUCUUCCACCAACGCCCUCUGAUUUGGCUCUGUUGGGCACUCCCACGCUUACAGCAGUUGCGAUGGCCGACGUUAACAAUCCAGAUGAUGAAGAAUGUGGUCCAGAUUCCAAGCAUACUGAGAGCCCAGCUGCGCAUAACGACGUCUUAGCCACAACCGAACAAGAGCCCGGCUCGUCUCAACCACGCCAUCUCUAUGCGCACUUUAUCUCUAACCGCAUCUAUGAGGACGCUCCCAGCGACUGCGUUCUCGUGCACCCGGCUUUCCAGUACCCUACUUCCAUGAUGUAUGAGCCGGACAGCAGUAUGCACGAUCUCCCGCUUGCAUGUCGGCAACUAUGUCAGGAGACGCACUUGCUCGUGUAUAAGUACGGUCUCUUCGAAAUUCGCCGGUCAGAGAGGGGUGACAUUAGAGUUGUGUACCACGCUGCUUGA